AUGAUUUUCCACUCCUUCCCAUUGCUGUGCGCUCUCGCUGCAUCGCUAUCAUGGACACCUGCCUUUGCGACCUCGGAUUAUACUGAGCAACUUGUCCUCGAACCCCUUCCGCCGUCCUCUUUGCUAGCUUCGUUUAACUUUCGAAGCAACGAAUCCACUGCGGCGUUUGAGCAGCAGAAUUUCAGAUAUUUUCCGCGCUCGCUAGGACAAAUCCUCCAACACGCCAGCGCAAAAGAGCUGCAUCUGCGCUUCACCACGGGUCGAUGGGACGCUGAAAGCUGGGGUGAACGACCAUGGCAUGGGUUUAAAGAAGGUGGAACGGGGGUUGAACUAUGGGCUUGGAUUGAAGCAAAUACGGAUGAUGAGUACGGUUUUCCCCUGCAGUCUCUUGUGAUAAGGGCAUUCGCAAAAUGGAUGACCUUGACGCAAUCGCUGUCCGGAUUGUUUUGCGCAUCUUUGAAUUUUAUUGAUUCAACCCGGACGACCAGGCCCUAUCUAACAUUUCAACCUAGCGGAAAUCACCCUUCGGGGCAGAAUCUCCACCUACUUCAUGGCACGUUACCGGGCGAAGUGGUGUGCACUGAAAAUCUAACACCGUUCCUGAAGCUCCUUCCGUGUAAGGGGAAAGCAGGUAUCUCAGGCCUAUUCGAUGGUCACCGACUUUUCGACGCGGCAUGGCAGAGCAUGUCCAUCGAUUUUCGCCCUGUUUGCUCCGAAGAGAAUGGGCAAUGCCACGUUACCCUCGAACAGUCCGUGGAUAUGGUGCUGGAUAUAGAUAGAUCAAAACGACCAAGAGAUAACCCCAUUCCGCGCCCUGUUCCUGUUGACCAGCUCGUCUGUGAUCAAUCUAAACCUUAUAACUCAAAUGAUAUCUGCUACCCUGUAGCUUCUGCCGCCACCAAGGAGUGGAGCUUAGUGGGUGUAUUUGGGCGUACGAUCCCAUCACCCUGUCCGCUUUCGAAGGAUGAGGAGAAAACUGUUUGUAUUAAGGUGCCAGCCGAACGGGAAGUCCUCGUUACUGCCGGGGCACCCGAAUUAAAAAACCCUGACGGCGUUUCCCGCUGCUAUACCCUCUUGUGGGAUAUCCCGUUUAAUCUUCAACUCCCUGCUCAGGAGUCUAUUCAUCAAGUGCCACCAACGCAGCCGGUUCUGCACGCUGAACGAACCACGAUUGGCAACGGCCAAGAACGGGGCGGGCUAAGGUCGAUCUUAACCAACCCAUCCGACACCAUGGCAGUUGAUUUUGUCUAUUUUGAAACCCUCCCUUGGUAUAUGAAACCAUACCUUCACACUAUGAAAACCACGGUAACGCACAAAAACGGCUCAGCUGAGGAGAUAGCACCAAGCGAGAUCAUCAAAGACGUUUUCUACCGCCCAGCCAUAGACCGGAAACGUGGAACUCAAUUAGAACUUGUUUUAUCCGUUCCAGCUGCAUCCACAGUGACUUUGAUCUACGAAUUCGAAAAGGCCAUCCUACGUUAUACUGAAUAUCCUCCUGACGCCAAUAGGGGGUUCAAUGUGGCGCCAGCGGUGAUCAGGAUUCUCAACGGUAGUAGUAACAGCAGUCCAGAAACGUCUUCGUUGACCUACCUCCGUACCACAAGUCUACUUCUUCCUCUACCAACCCCGGAUUUUAGUAUGCCGUACAAUGUAAUCAUUUUGACAAGUACAGUUAUUGCGCUGGCAUUCGGAAAUAUUUUUAAUCUCCUUGUUCGUCGCUUCGUCGGUGCGGAUGAAGCACCUCCUUCCGGACUUAAAGCGAAAAUCCAGGGCAAAAUCAUCGCGUUGAAGGACAAAUUUCGAGGAAAGGGCAGCAAAGCGGAAUGA